AUGGGUAAAAAGAAAGUGAGAUCAAGCACCAACAAUAUUCCAGACGCGUUAACGGCUUCGGAGAGAAGGCUACAAACCUCCGAAAUCAAGACAGAAGAAAUCUCGUCGACAUCUGAUUCGACGGAAACCGCAUCUUCAGAAAAAAUGUACGCCUUCAAAGAUCCGAGCUACGCAAAUAGGUCAGUUCCAGGAAGCAGUAAAAAGCCACGGGUGUGGAAAAAUCUCAAACAAGUAAUCGCCGCAGAACGGCUGCUUCCUGGAGUUGUGACGUACUCGAGUCUCGAGGCCCCACCGUCGUUGAAGCCGGCCAAGAAAUACUCCGAUAUCAGUGGAUUACCCGCCAAGUACACAGAUCCACAAACAAAACUGAGGUAUUCGAACGCGGAAGAGUAUGCCAAACUACGUCUCUUAUCACCGGAUCAGGUGAAUGGAUACCUGAUACUGAGAAGGGCCACAUUGCCUGUGACUUGA